AUGGCCACCACCACUCCCCGCAGCACCGAUGUUACCAACGAGCAGCAGCGAAACCCUCGCAUGGGAAGCAAAACACGCGGCAGCUGUCAGGCGUGUGCCAAUGUCAAGGUGCGAUGCAGCAAGGAAAGGCCAACGUGUUCGCGGUGUGAGGACCGCGGGCUGGUGUGCGAGUAUCUGCCGUCCAAGAGGCCCGGGCGGGUUCCCGGGAGCACAAAGGCGGCGAACCCAGAUGGUUCCACCGCACCGAGUCGUCGUCGCCGCCRAACGUUGCAGGGGGAGGGCGGCAGCAAUAGCAGAGUGCCGACGGUGCGGAACCCCUCUGGACAGCAAUCGCAUCUCGCCCGAGCAGAACGCUCCGCCGCCGAGCCCAUCUCACCGCCAUCCACCUCGUCUCACGACCCUGACUUGACCACGGGUCUGGCUGACGACUCUCCAUUCCUGGGCUCCUCGGGCAGUGCAAUGGACUACUGCUUUGGCUCGGCCGACAACAGCGGAGCCCAUCCAAUGACCCUGGACAUGGACAUGAUGAACACGGGCAUGGAUUUGGAUAUCAACCCGGACUCGGGAGCCGACAUUGACUGGGAAGCGCUCAUCGCUCAGACCGACUUUUCGCAAAUUGACAUGUUGUCGUCAAACAACUUCUUUUUGCCCGCCAUCGCUUCGACGGACCGUCCCGCUAGCGGCAGCGCUAUGGAUGCAGGGGAGAUCUCCCCUCACUCGACUGCCUGCCCUCCGCUGAACAACCGACAUCAAUCUUUUGCGGGUCCCAAUUUCACCUUCAGCCCGCAGAUGCUGGCGUCGCCAUCGUUAUUGUCGUCCUCAUCAUCCUCGUCGUCCUCCGCGUUGGGAUUGCUGUCCAGYGCUACGAGCGUUAAUGGCGCCGCCUCGCAGGAGUGCAUUACUCCUUGCCAGUGUAUGCUCCAGGCGCUCGACUUGGUCAAGACUCUCGCUUCAACCCCUACAUCGGGCUCCGAUGGGACUCCCCCGACGAACAAUGCUUUUGCGCAGCGCAUCAUCAGCCUCAAUCGACAAGCCAUUCAAGUUGCCAUGACGGUGCUGGAAUGCUCUUUGUGCAGCGACGAUCGCUUCGUUCUCAUGGCCUUGAUGAUGGCCACUACGAAGAUUCUGGGUCGCUACGCGCUAGCCGCCGCAUUAUGCGGCGCCAGUUCCAAUGCCGGCACCAGUUCCCAGGCCACGAGCUCGGUACCAACGCCUAGCUCAUCAUAUAUGGCGCAGGAAUCYCGCCCGAGUCCAGAAUGCUUCAGCCGUCUGAUUGAGAUUGCACGCGCUCUGAGUGAAGACUCCCUUUCGUUCCAAUCCAUCACGAGCAGCACAUGUGGCGAUUGGUGUCCUAGGCGCGAAGACGUGCAACGCGUUCUCCAAGAACUGCAUGGAGUGCAAAGACUUUUGACGCAGCUGUCAAGACGACUAUGGAGUAUGCCUUCGACCAACGUCAGCUCAAAAGUCGGCGAUGGCUUUUUCGACUCCCAACCUGCGCAGGUCUCUCAAGGCAACCACUUUGACAGCUAUAGUAAUAAGCAGUCUCUGCGAGGUGCUUCCCCCUCCGGCUCUACCGCGGUUGCUACAAGUAGUGGUAGUCCACUUGCGACCCCGCUUCCUCCUGAUAUGCUCAGCCAGAUGGAAGAAAACUUGCGGAGGAAUCUAUACCUAUUCUCAGCAGCGAUGAGAAAUGUGCUGAAGAAUAGCUGA